ACUCUCGCGAGACCUGGUUUUCAUUAGAGCAGGGAACAUGGCGGAUGAUCACGGACGGAAGUGGGACCGGUGCCUUGCAGACACCGCAUUGAAAACUGUAACCGGCCUGGGUUUGGGGCUUGUCUUCUCCGUCAUUCUCUUUAAACGACGCAUGUGGCCUGUCUCGUUCGGUGCAGGUUUGGGUUUGGGCAUGGGCUACUCCAACUGCCAGAAUGAUUUCAGGUCACCUUACUUGAUUCAUGGCCGUGUGUUGAAGGAUCAGCAGUGAAGGAUUAAGGAGGAUGCGGCUUCACCACAUCAGCAUCUGUUUUGUGUUGCCCUUCUAAUGUGGCUCUGCCACUUCAACCCAAUGUUGUUACCGCUAAGGGCCCUCGAUGUAUAUUUAAUAAAGUGACUGAACAGCUUUCUCUGCCUCCCUUUAUCUGUUUUAGAGCAAUGAAAUGUGGAUUGGGUGUGGAG